AUGGCCACCACUCCACCCCAUAAUGACCUUCACCCUAUCCCUGCUCAGGAACUCAAGACGAUUGUCUAUGAGCGCAAUGUUGUACGAGAAGUACGUAGGAGAGAGCUCACAUUUGUUCCUUUUUGUUUGCUUGAAGCUAAGGGCAUUUCUUGA